AUGGCGACCAUCUUCGCAGCAUCAACACCUUCACCUCCCCCUACCAUCCGAACUCCGCCAACGCCCAAACACGGCUGGAGCGACAACUGGGAACACUACUCUCCUCGCAAGUCGGCGCGCAUUUCAUCCCGUCGAGCUGCCAACCGAACUCCUUCUCCCCAACCGCCAUCCCACCGCACUCCUCCACGAUCAACCCGCAAGUCCGUCGCACCUUCCGUCGCCGCCGCCAUCAUGUCGCCGGCCUCCACUCCUCAGAAGAAGCGCCAGCCCGCUCAAGAUUCCGUCCGAAGAGCGGCUGGAUUUUUGUCCGCCGCCAGCAGUUCUCACGCCGCUUCGUCGCUCGGAAGUGACAGAAUGGACCACCAAUCCACCAACGCCUCCGUCACCCGCCGAUCCGGUAUGCUGCCCACGCCAGCCAAGACGCCCAAGAAGGCACCCUCCGAGAAGCAGACGGCCCAGAUCAAGUCGGUAGCGCGCAAUCUGUUCCCGACCGAGGAGGAGGCACUGGCUACCCCGAAGAAAAAGCGAACCCCCAAGAAGUACUCCGGCAAUUCGUUGGAGAGCUUUACCGCUACGGAGGUCGAGCAGCAGAUUGAGAUCUUCACCGACUCGCAAGACCGCGUUCCCGAAGCCGACAAGAGCGUCGACAACCCGUUCUACGGCGAUAGCGCUGCCGUUGAUCAUGAGCCCCCUCGCCGCCGCAGCAAACGCAAGGUUGCGGUUCCCGGUGAAGCUGCCCAGGCUGUCGAUGAGGCGCUCCAGCGUGAGGACGGCAUGGUCUAUGUCUUCCGAGGAAAGAAGAUUUUCCGCAAAUUCGCCGAGCCCGAGGACGAAGAGGAGGACGACGAGAGCAGCUCGAGCGAAUCUCGCAUCCGCAAGCCUCUCACACGCUCUGCGAUCAAGCCGCGCCUGCUGUUCCCUGUCGCGCCCAAGGCGCCCGCUACCGGCUCCACCCUUGAGGAGGAAGAAGCCGUUACCGACAUCGAAGAUCAUCACCUCGAGGAGCAUGAGGAGGAAGAGGAAACUCCGGAGACCCCCGCAGAGACCCAGGAUGAUUGCCCGUCGACUCCGCAAGCACCUAAAUUUGGUCGGGCAGUCGCUACACCCCCCGACACCAGACGCACUACCCGAUCUGGCCUGAAGUCUGAAGAAGCGACCCCCAUCAAGCGCAAGGGCCGGCAGAGUCCGUUUGACGACUGGCCACGGGUCAAGAGCCGCCAUGAGGGUUCGUCUACCAAACGUACGGGAGAUGAUCUGGUAGCAUCUACUCCGAAGCGAGCCCGUAACUAA